UGAGAGACCUUCCCAUACCAUUUUCGGCCUAUAGACUGAGAGAGCCUUCCUUGCUUCUCAGAUCCAGAGUGAGGUGAGGUGAGCGAUGGGGCGAGUAAUCCGCGCGCAGAGGAAGGGAGCAGGGUCCGUCUUCAAGUCCCACACACACCAUCGCAAGGGCCCUGCUCGCUUCCGCAGCCUCGACUUCGGGGAGCGAAAUGGGUAUCUGAAGGGGGUUGUGACGGACAUCAUCCACGAUCCAGGCCGAGGCGCUCCACUUGCGAAAGUCACCUUUCGCCAUCCCUUUAGGUAUAAGCAUCAAAAGGAGUUGUUUGUUGCCGCCGAGGGUAUGUACACUGGUCAGUUCGUUUACUGUGGCAAGAAGGCCACUUUAAUGGUUGGGAACGUCUUGCCCGUCCGAGCCAUUCCCGAAGGUGCUGUAGUUUGCAACGUUGAGCACCACGUUGGGGAUCGAGGUGUUAUUGCUAGGUGUUCUGGUGAUUACGCCAUCGUUAUCAGCCAUAACCCUGAUAACGAUACCACCAGGAUCAAGCUUCCUUCUGGUGCCAAAAAGAUUGUGCCAAGUGGGUGCAGAGCAAUGAUUGGGCAAGUUGCAGGUGGGGGUAGGACUGAGAAACCCAUGCUCAAGGCAGGUAAUGCAUACCACAAAUACAGGGUGAAGAGGAACUGCUGGCCAAAGGUUCGUGGUGUUGCCAUGAAUCCGGUGGAGCAUCCUCAUGGAGGAGGAAACCACCAACAUAUUGGGCAUGCUAGCACGGUCCGCCGUGAUGCACCUCCUGGCCAGAAGGUUGGUCUCAUUGCUGCAAGGAGGACUGGUCGUCUUCGUGGACAAGCUGCUGCCACUGCUGCUAAAGCUGAUAAGACGACUUAGUGAGUUACUUGUGUUCUUUCAAUAUAUUCUAGGAACCUCUUCUGGAUACAUGCAUUCCCAUCUCUCCCCUGCAAUAGAUACUUGGAAGUUUUGCAGUGAGAGUUUUGCUAAGCUUCAGAUAGUUAUUUUUAAUUUUUAUUGGAACACCAUUUAUGAUGAUGCUUAAGUAACACUUAAAUUUUUUUUUUAAUAUUGAUAAUGUUGUUGGAAUGA